UCGAGCAGACAAUAAAAAACUUAACUAAACCCUAGCUAGACAUCUGAUCUCAUGGACAAGGUGAUGAGAAUGUCGUCAGAAAGAGGAGUGGUGAUCAUCACGAAGAGCUCAUGUUGUCUCUGCUACGCCGUUCAGAUCCUGUUCCGUGACCUUAGGGUUCAACCAACGGUCCACGAAAUUGACACCGACCCCGACUGCCGUGAGAUCGAGAAGGCUCUUCUCCGGAUAGGCUGCUCCACGGCGGUACCAGCUGUCUUCGUAGGUGGCAAGCUCGUUGGUUCCACCAAUGAAGUCAUGUCCCUUCACCUUAGUGGCUCUCUCGUCCCCUUGAUCAAACCUUAUCAGUCUCUCCUUUACUAGCUAACUGGACCAAUCAGAGAUCCUUCGUGACAAUAAAAACCCUUAUAGCUAGGGUGUGCGCUUUUCUUCUGUCAUAUCACAUAUAUGUAUCUUAUUUUUGUGUUUCUUCAUGUUUCAGUCUAGUUAAUCAACUGGUAUGUUGAUGUACGUAUAAAUCUCUGUUUAUGAUUACCAAAAAAUAAAAAUAAAAAUCUCUGUUUAUGAUAAUGAAAAGAGUAUUCAACAGAUGUUAAUUUUUCUU